CCUCACCCCCGAAGGGCUCGAGGCGGUUCACAGGAUCUAGCUUGGCCUCCAUCACAUGAUGGGAAGCGGAAAGCAAGUCACACAAUAAGCACAACCCGAAGGCAAACUGUACAACGUUGGCACUGGUGCGUCCAAGUCCCGUCAAUGCAAACAAAGCGGCGGCGGCGGCGGCGACCCGUCCUCCGUGCCGGACAGAGGAAGCAAAGAUCUGACAGCGGCAGGAAGAGGGAUAAAAGCCGAAGGAUCGACUGGGCAGGGGAUCCACCGAACAGGCUGCUCUGCUGGUAUGCCGAAAUGGGAUUGACAGAAGCCCUACUUGACAUUGCCUUUCUUGUUCUUCCUGGUCUGGCAAGCUGCAAAACAACACCCCCUUUUUAUUGCUGGAUCUUUCUCCCUGCUUCCAGAAUAUGGAAAGGGGCGCAGCUAGAUUUCCUCAGGGCUAUGUUUGUUUUGAAGAUGUAGCUGUGUAUUUCACAGAGAGUCAGUGGACAUUGCUGGAUCCUCAUCAAAAGGCUCUUUACCACGACGUCAUGCAAGAAAACUUUGAAAAUGUGGCCUCGUUAGGAUUUCUUUCGGACAAGCCAGGCUUGAUCUCCCAGCUGGAACAAGAGGAAGACCCCUGGAUUCCAGAUCAGCCAACUUUGGAGCAAAGGGAAGUUUUAUCAGAGUCUAGGGCAGAGUUUUCUGAUGUGAUGAUAAAACUGGAAAUGGAAGAGGAGCCGCAGGGCCUGGAUCACCUGGAAUCUGAGCCCAACAAACCCUUCUCAGACUGCAGUUCAGAUGCGAUGUCUCAGCUGGAAAAAGGGGAACCACAAGGAAUUCUGCAUCAACUGGGAUCAGAAGAAAAGGAUAUUUCAUUUGAUCACCACUUAGGAUUUCCUGAUGUUAUCAUAAAGGAAGAGGAGCCCUGGAGCCAGGGACAUGAGGAAAGUGCAAACCUUGCUGAUGACCAGUCAGGUUUUCCUGCUGUAAUAAUAAAACUGGAACCAAAAGAAGAGCCGUGGCUCCCUGAUCUCCAGAUACCUGAGGAAAGUGUGACUGUCCAAAGCAUCCGAUGCGGCAAUGUGUGCAUAAAAGAGGAAGAUGAACUCCCAUCAGAAAACAUGCAUGAAGUGGUAGUAAAUGAGACUUUGUCAGGAACUGCCACCCAGUAUCCAAAGCAGGUUUCUGGAAUUGAAGGCAAAGUAGUGAAUCCCCAAAGGAACUUGCCAGGGAAGAGAGAGGGAAAGGUUUUAUUUUGUGCAAGAGGCGACAUUAAUGAAACCAAAGUCCAAAAGAGUAUCCGUAAGUGUGAGAGAAUGUUUCUUAAAGGAGAAGAAUCUUAUAAACACCUGGACAGUGAGAAGAAAUCUAGCUGGAGAAAUUACCUGUUCUGCCGUGGGAGAGGCCAUCCAGGAGAGAAACUGUAUACCUGUUCAGUCUGCGGGAAAAAAUUUCUUCGGAGGUCACAUCUUAUUAGGCACAAAAUAAACCAUACAGGGGAGAAACCAUAUAUAUGUUCUGUCUGUGGGAAAAGCUUCAAUCAGAGAUCACAUCUCAUUGCCCAUGAAAGGACCCAUACUGGAGAAAAACCAUAUCCAUGCUCUGUCUGUGGUAAAAACUUGAGUCGAAAAGCACUCCUUAUUAGGCACGAGAGAAUUCAUACAGGGGAGAAACCAUAUAAGUGCUCUGUUUGUGGUAAAACCUUCUGUCAGAGCUCUGGCCUAAUAGCACACCGGAUCACCCACACAGGAGAAAAACCAUAUGUUUGCUCAGUUUGUGAGAAAAGCUUUAGCCGCAAAGCUAGCCUUAUCAGACAUGAGAGAAUCCAUAUGGGUGAGAAACCUUACGCAUGCCCAGUAUGUGGCAAAAGUUUCAGCCAGUGCUCUGGUCUCCUUCAGCAUGAAAGAAUCCAUACCGGAGAGAUCCCAUAUAAAUGCUCUGUCUGUGGCAAGAGCUUCAGUCGUAAAGACUGCCUUCUGGGGCAUGAGGGAAUCCAUACAGGAGAGAAACCAUACGCAUGCUCAGUCUGUGGGAAGAGCUUUAACUGGAAAAGUUACCUGACAGUCCACGAGAGAAGCCAUUCUGGGGGCAAAUCAUACAUAUGCUCAAUUUGUGGGAAAAGUUUCAGCCAAAGAUCAAAUCUUAUUAGCCACGAAAAAAACCACACACAAGAAAAAACCUACACAUGCUCCAUCUGUGGGAAGAACUUCAUUCACAAAGUAAGCCUUGUUAGACACGAGCGAGUUCAUACAGGGGAGACUCCAUACAAAUGCUCUGUCUGUGGGAAAGGUUGCAGUGGAAGGACAAACCUUAUUUCGCAUGAAAGAAUCCACACAGAAGAAAGACCUUACGUGUGCACACUCUGUGGUAAAAGCUUCAAACAAAGGUCAAACCUCACCAGUCACGAAAGAAUCCAUACAGGAGAGACUCCCUUUACUUGUUCUAUCUGUGGUAAAAGCUUCAGUUGUAAAGCAAACCUUCUUGGACAUAUGAGAACCCACACAGGAGAGAAACCAUAUCCAUGUUCAGUUUGUGGGAAAAGCUUUGGCAAUAAAUCACAGGUGGUUAUCCAUGAGAGAAUCCAUACAGGAGAAAAACCAUACACCUGUUCAGCCUGUGGGAAAAGAUUCAAGCACAGAACAAGCUAUAUUGAACACCAAAAAAUCCACACGCAAGAAAAACCAUAUAUGUGCUCCGUCUGUGGUAGAAGUUUCAGUCGUAAGGAGCACCUGAAUAUCCAUGGGAGAAUCCACACGGGGGAGAAACCGUAUUCGUGCUCUGUUUGUGAGAAAAGCUUUAAGCAAAAAUCAAGCCUUACGUCCCACGAGAGGAGCCACACAGGAGAGAAACCCCACACUUGCUCAGCUUGUGGUAAAAGUUUCAACCGAAAGUCAAACCUCACUCACCACGAGAGAAUUCAUACUGGAGAAAAACCUCACAAGUGCUUGGUCUGUGGUAAAUGUUUCAGAAGUAAAGCCUACCUGAAGAGGCAUGAAAAAAUCCAUGCAAGAUAAAUUCACGCUCCAGAGAAUUCAUUCAUUCAGAAGUUCCAUCUACACUAAAAACUUCAGUGGGUUAAAAUAGCUGAUUGUACCAUUCAGGGGAUGUACUAUGACACAAACAAUGUGGCAUAAAACCUCACGCAGUAUUAAGAGAAACCUGAAUAAAUCUAGUUCAGAUUGGUUUUGGCAAUGUUGGUAAGCUCAGUUUUGAGUGAAUUUUUUAAAAAAACCACGCUUUUGGUCAGAGUUCACAUUGCUUCAUUGAUAUUCCAUAGGAAAAAUGCAUAUAUACAUUGCUACAAGAGCAGCUUCUACAGGUUUAAUCUAUGGGAUAAGGAAGAUAUGAAGAGAGAAGCUGUCAGUCUCACACCAAUCCUCACUAGUGAACAAAAUGAAACACACACAAUCUUUUAACGGUUCAUGCCGUUCCCAGUAGUCUGUGUAGCACAUCUCCAAUGUUAUCUGCACAUAAAUGUCAGUACUGCCAAUAGUUGUGGGCCCAACUUACAUGCAGCCCAGUUUUUAACGGACAGUUUUCCUUUACCAUUUCAAAUCCUGCUUCUAAUUAUUUUUUUUUUAAUGAGAAUUGAAUUCUGGAGGGUCAUUUGUCCUUUCCCUUUUUGUUUAAUCUUAUGGCAUUUAUAUGUAAGAUCUGUGGGGAAAAACUUGUUUGGAUUACUUUGGCUGCAGAUGCCUUAUGUAAUUUAUUAAGUAAAGUGUUUGACAUGUUGGCCAAUA